AUGUCGGGUCUGUUUGCAAUGAUCAACCAGUGCAGCGGCGAACGGAAAUUAUAUAUCAACUUGGAACGUCCGAUAGUAUCGUACAGCAAUCCUAAACUUGUACGUAACAUUGUACUGAAAUCAAGACGCUUGUCCCGCAACGACCCGCUGCAUUACGUGACCUUGAACCUGACUUUACUAGAUACAUUUGAUAACAAAGUGAAAUUUAACUUCUACAUUUACGAGUUGCUAUCCAACGUGUACAAGAGGAGUUUCGUGGAGUGGCACGUCGCUGGCUGCGACUUCAUCCUCAAGGACUCAUUCCUGGCCCCCUCUGUAAGAGCCACUUUCGAGAAAUCUGGAAACAAGCUAACCUGCCCCGCGCCGGCUGGAAACUACAGUUUACCAAACAUGUCCAUAUUAAUAACAUCUAUCCCGAAAAAUUUCCCGUUCCAAACCGGUCGUUUAUACGCAAACGUGACAAGACUUGAUGAGAUGGUGAUCAAGUGUCACAUUGACUUUCAAAUAAAGUCUUACAACGCUGAAAAACAAACCAAUCAAACGAAGCAGCGAUUGAGAAAAUCAAUAGAAAAUUACAAAUAA